AUGUGUGCUGUACACGGACUGAAGAAAAUUGAGGAGGAUAUCUGCCAGCUUUACAAUCAAGAAUUCACCGAAUGUUUCUCAAGUGACUUGUCUCAGUCAGCUGAAGACGCACUCGCCGUUGUCAUUGCGGAAAAGUCUGUGCGAGAAGUGGAGGGACAUUUAUGUGUAGCAUUGCCGUGGAGAGACGACAAGCUGCAAGGAGUGUGUAAUAAACCGGCAGCACUGAGGCGUUUAGUUUCCUUGGGUCGAAAAUUUCAAGUUGACCAAGGCAUGCGAGAUAAAUAUUCUGCAGUUAUCGGCAGAUAUUUGGAAAGAGGCUAUGCAAAAAAGGUAGAGACGGAAGCUGGUGACACUGGCUUCAAGUGGUAUCUACCACAUCAUGCUGUUCUGAAUCCUAAGAAGCCGGAUAAAUUAAGGGUUGUAUUUGAUUGUGCAGCGGUUUAUUUAGGGGAGUCCUUGAAUAUGCAUUUGCUCCAAGGACAGAAUAUCGUGUCCAGUCUAGUCGGAGUCCUGCUUCGCUUUCGUCAGAAGCCUAUUGGGGUUACAGCAAAUAUUGAGGAUAUGUUUUUAAAGUUCAAAGUUCCGGAAUUGGAUCAGACGGCUCUCAAAUGUCUAUGGUGGUCUGAGGGUAACCCAGCUCACCUAGUUGAGGAGUAUUGUAUGACGGUUCACCCUUUCGGAGCGGUCUCUUCGCCAUUUUGUGCGAGUUUUGCUUUGAGGAAAACAGCCAAUUUAUACGGCCAUGAUUACCCUUCCUCGAUAACCGAUGCCGUUUAA